AAGCGUCCGGACUGGAAGGGGGUGAAAGUGUCCGGACUGGAAGGGGGUGAAAGUGUCCGGACUGGAAGGGGGGGAAAGUGUCCGGACUGGAAGGGGGGAAAAGUGUCCGGACUGGAAGGGGGGGAAAGCGUCCGGACUGGAAGGGGGGUGAAAGUGUCCGGACUGGAAGGG